UGAUGAACACGGCCACUCAACUUUCAUCACGAGUACCGCCUGAGCAGCGGAGCCGCGGACAGCCGGACACCAUCACAUCAAACCUCCACCGCCGUCAAUAUAAGCGACAGCUGCAGGAGGGCCCGGGCCGGGCCCGCAGUUGAAACCGCCAGCCGUUCCUUCCCACGCUCCUCCCCGCCCCCGGUCCGCCCCCCACCUCAAUUCCACACCCCGCGGCGAGGCCGCGGGGCGCCCGCGCCCAAACGCCAAAACCCUAGCUCCCCACCCACCCACCCCAAGCACCGCGGGGCCGCCGCGCGCUCGCCCACGGUCGCCACGGAUGCGCGCGGCCCGCUCGCGGACCUCGACGACACCCCGCUCGCUUGCCGCGGCUGUUCCGCCAUGGACGAGCCCGAGAAAGUGAGGGGCAGGGAGGAUGCGGCGUCGGGCCGCGAGGCUGGCGGCGCCGAGGAGGCCGGGGAUGGGUUCCAGCUCGUGAUCCAUGGCAAGAAGAAGAAGAGGGCGGCCAGCGGCCAGGACUGCGGGACUGCUGGCUCUGGCUCUGGCGCUGGCGCCGGGCCAGUGCGGGCGUUGACCAGGGAGAAGGGAGCCGCGCCGGCGCCGGGGGCCAAGGCCAAGGUGCCUUUCCACGAUCCAAGCAUUCCCCGGCCGCAGGACGUAUACAAAAUCAGAGUGGAUAACUACAAGCCAUUCGAGCAUGUCUGGCUGGAGCGCAGCGAAGACGGCACCCGACGUGUUCACCCGCUGGAAAACCUGCCUGUUGAACAGUUCGUUGACAGAAAUGUUCCUGACAGAGAACCAGUGAAGCCAGCUGAUUUAGAGGAUACACCAUUUACGCUGGUUCAAGAUCACAAAGGCUUAACAGAAUUAGCUAAGAAGUUGAAGAGCGUAACUGAAUUUGCUGUAGAUCUGGAGCAUAAUCAAUAUAGGUCAUUUCAGGGCUUGACCUGCUUGAUGCAGAUUUCAACAAGAACAGAAGACUUUAUUGUGGACACUCUUAAGCUACGCAUAUACAUUGGUCUCUAUUUGCAAGAGCCUUUCAAAGAUCCAACAAAGAGAAAGGUAAUGCAUGGUGCGGAUCGUGAUAUAAUGUGGCUCCAGCGGGACUUCCACAUCUAUGUGUGCAAUCUUUUUGACACAGGACAGGCUUCAAGGGUCUUACAGAUGGAGAGAAACAGCCUUGAGCACCUAUUGCUUCAUUUUUGUGGAGUAACAGCAAAGAAGGAGUAUCAAAAUGCAGACUGGAGGUCGAGACCACUUCCUGAUGAAAUGAUCAAGUAUGCUAGAGAAGAUACACACUAUCUGUUGUACAUAUAUGAUUUAAUGAGACAGAGACUACAGAGGGAGUCAACAUUUGAAAAUGAUCUUCUUCUAGAGGUCCAUAAGCGCAGUAAUGAAAUUUGCUUACAGUUCUAUGAGAAGGAGCUUCUGACAGAUACAUCCUAUCUCCACAUAUACGGGUUGCAGGAACAUGAACUGGAUGCAAGACAGCUGGCUGUUGUUGCUGCUCUACAUGAGUGGAGAGAUCGUAUAGCUCGUCAGGAAGAUGAGAGUACUGGUUAUAUACUGCCAAAUAAGGCUUUAAUUGAGAUAGCAAAGCAGAUGCCUACAGAUGUUGGACAUUUGAAAAGAAUUGUGAAAUCAAAAUAUCCAUAUGUUGAGAGCAAUCUUGAGCUAAUUGCUUACACUGUCUGGAAUGCACUUGAGUAUUCUUAUGCCUUCGAAGGAAUAGCUGAGCAACUAAAGAAGGAACGGCUGGAACAGGUGGCACUGAAAAGUGGUCAGACCAGUGAUGAAGUGACUCCUUUGGAUGCUGACAUUGAUAGGAGUAAUUUUGAUUCAUCUGAUCAGUCUGCAAAUGUCAAUGUUGCUUCUGGUAGUAGGGCUGGUUUUAUGAGUGAAGCAGCUUUGAUCAGCAGCAUCCACCUAGAGGACAAAACUCAAACCAUGUCCUCAGUUAAGACCUCUCAGACCUUGCUAGGCCAGAUCAGACCAGUGAAUAAGGAUGUCCUGAGCAAUAAUAUACAUCAGCAGGCUAUUCAGGACCUAAGUCUCACUUUAAAAGCUCUAAAAGGAAACUUGGCAUCUGGAGGAGAGUCAAAUGAGCAGGACACACCCAGGUUUGAUCUGCGACGCUUAGAAGCUGUAGCACCUGACAUCUUAUUACCCCAACUAGACGGAUCUCGAGACAUAGGGGGGGGGGGGGGGGGGGGGGAAUGGUGAGAGGAUGACGACGGUCCGGUUCUCUCGUCUGCCUUCUCCCUCCCAUCCGAGCCCACUCCCUUUCCCCCCCGGCCCUGCUCGUUCCGGAUGUACGUGCCUCUGGGCGUGGUGUUUGGCCUGCGUUGGUGCCCCCUCCUACAAAGUGCUGGGCUGCUUCUCAGUCCCAUGGUGCAAGGGGUGGGUGGAGCCUAGGUGUGGAUGUUGCCCAUGGUCCUAGAGAUGAGGGUCACCACUCUAGAGAUUGUGCCAAAUCUCUAUGGUGUGUGAUCUGCAGAAAGGAAACUCAUGUUACCGCUAAGUGUGUGUGGCCCAAACGAAGCAAACCGAUAAUGCCAAUUGUCGGUAUGGCAGCAGAUGGAUUGGGAUUCUAUGCUUCUCAAUAUGCGAAAAAUCUGGCUAAAAAAUCUAAGAAAAACAUAUUAGGUUUGGUAAGGGUGUUGGAGGGUUAUGUGUCGGCUGAGGAUCUCGAAACGGACUUUGGGUUCCACUUUCCUUGGGGUCGGGUGUGGAAAGCCACCAAAUGUCACAUGGGGUUUCUUAUGCAGUUUCCCUCUCUUGAUAGACUAGAAGAAUUAGUGAAUUUUCCUGAGGUCCGAAUGAAGAUUUCGGGGGUGAAGAUUGUAGUUGCUCCUUGGAACUCCCAAGCGACAGCAAAAGCAAGGCUCCACACUGCUUGGAUUCGUGCUGAAAAUGUUCCAGAAGAGAUUCAGAAUUACCAAGCGAUAUGUGAAUUGGGUUCUACCAUUGGUGCGGUGGAAGAGAUUGAUGUAGAAGCUCUGGAGACAAAGGACAUUGUUAGAUUCAAAGUGAAUGUAAAAAGUGUAUCAAUGAUUCCCUCGGUUAUAGAAAUUGGUAUUAAACCUUUUCUAUACGACAUUUUUUUCAAAGUGGAGUCAUUAGAUGAAGAACGAUGGAAUGAUGAUACUGUUUGCUUGGGAAAAAGAGCUACUAUCGAGUCUCUUCAAUUAGAUGAUAAUAUUACUGAGAAUUUGAUGAAAAAAGUCAAGAGUGAAAAAGGGAAGGGGAUGGCAGAUCAUAUGCUUACUGGCAUUUUGGAAGAUAACUCUUUCAAAGGUGGGAAGUCAGGUAAUGCUCAGAAAGUGAGUAAAGAUGGUGAGAAAGGGAUUGAGGGUUAUAGUGAAGAGAAGGUGGAUUUCGAUGGGAGUGGGGAUGAUCUCCUUAGCUCUCAUGAGCUUGAAGAUCUGGUGAAAGAGGCAAAUAUUGAGAUGAGUGCUUCACAAGAGAUUGCAGGUGUAGACAAUACAGAUCCUGGGAUGUCCAAAGAGUUGCAAGCUGCCAAGAUUAAAAAAGGCAAAGGGAAGAUGAUUGAACUAGUGGAAGGGACUAGAAAGAGCAGCAGAUUGGAAACCAAUGGAGAUAUCAAGGUCACUGAGAAAGUCAUAUCCAGAGCCGAGUACAAGGACGCCUUCUUACACAAAAGAGAGGGAAAGAGAGAAGCUGGCGGCAGGAAGUUGGUGCAUCAAAAAAAUGGCUAAAGAAAUCUUCAGUCGUGACUUGGGCUGGCGCCGUUGGACAGGCGUAUUUGUUGAUCUGGUUGCUGUCAAGCUGCUUACUACGUGUCACUGUUGUCAGUCUUCUUUUCCUCAGGUUGUUGAUACUGUGGCUAAAGGGUUGGCGAUUCAGUGCUGUUUCCCAGCAUCUGUAAUAAUAUACGCUGUGGCUGUGUGUUCGUGGUUGGCUGGACGACUAUGUCGUGGUUGCUACAUCUUAGUUGAAGGUCUAGGGCUCUAGGUUUCCAUUAGCAGUGUUUUGUUCAGAGUUACGCGAUUUGAAUAGUUUAGCCGUUUCGCUUCCUAGCUUACCUUUGCCUAAGACGUUACUCUGGUUAAUGUAAGUCCAGAAUGAUGUCUCCCUGUUAUCAAAAAAAGUUUGGCUUCAAUCUCCGUUUAUUUA